CGCGGAGGGGGCGCGUGGGCGGCUUCUCGCGAGAACAGCGUGAGGCGGCGACGGUGGCCAUGGCGGACGGGGCCGGUAGCAACGGGGACGCUGCGGGGCCGCUGGUGGGCAAAGAGGCGGUGGAACGGCUGAUCCGGGAGAACGGACACAUUUUCACCGAGGCGCAGUGCAAGGUGUGCAGCGCCCUGCUCAUCUCCGAGUCACAGCGGCUGGCUCACUACCAGAGCAAGAAACACGCCAACAAGGUGAGACGAUACCUGUCCAUCCACGGCGGGGAGGAGGGCGCCCAGGGGAAGAAGAUGAAGCUGGAGGUGAAGCAGGACAGCAAGCAAGAAGGCAGCAAUGGGGAGGACAGGAACAAGUGCUGUCCCAUCUGCAACAUGACCUUCUCCUCUCCGGCCGUGGCAACCUCUCACUACUUGGGCAAGACUCAUGCCAAGAACAUGAAGCAGCAGGCCCCCAAAGUAGAAGAAACGGUGCCCCCACAGAAACACCCUGCUGCCCCUCCCACCUCUACUGCAUCUUCUAAUGAAGAGAACAAGGACAUUACUGACCCGGACAAGUUCUGUAGCCUCUGCCAUGCCACUUUCAACAACCCCCUUAUGGCAAAACAGCACUACGUAGGCAAGAAGCACAGAAAGCAGGAGACCAAACACAAGCUGAUGGCGCACUACGGCCGAACCCCAGAUGCAUCAGCAUCAUCCUUCAUGGCUGGGAAGGGCUACCCCUGCAGCACAUGUAACAUAGUGCUGAACUCCAUAGAGCAGUACCAAGCUCACAUCAGUGGCUUCAAACACAAGAAUCAGAUGCCAGGAGCAGUGCCGGUUGUCGGACCGUUCCCGCCACAGCAGUAUGUCCGGGAAGAGUCAACUGCCCCAGGAGGCUACAGUUACUUCAGCCAAGACUUCUAGAGCAAGUUGCAGCACUAUUCUUGGAGUUGUUGGUGGCCCCAGAACGCACAUCCUUUGCCAGCCCACAAUGGUUUCAUUAUCCCUCUGGAUAAGCAAAGCCCUACCCUCCUGUAUACACCCGUUGAGCAGAACGGGGACUGAAUCUGUCAGGAAAAGGAUCCAGCUGGAAGAGACUUGCUAGACAGCAAAUACUUCACUCCCUUA